GGGCCAUGAUGGACCGGAGGAAAAAACCUUUGGACGUCACAGCGUCCUCGUUGGUAGAUCUUAAGGCCGAACUCUUCCGGAAACAAGAAGAAUUCAAACAAGAAAAACUUCUAAAAGAUGCUGGAGUUUUGGGGAAACCAAAAACAACUAAUAAGAAACCAAGUAUUUGGAGCAAACAGAAUGCAGGAGUUUCUAAUCGAGCUGAGAAGGAUGCUGAACAGAAGCUAGAAGAACAGAAGACUUUAGACAAAGCAAGGGAGAAAUUAGAAGAAAAAGCCAAAUUAUAUGAAAAAAUGACUAAAGGAGACUUUAUAGAUGAAGAAGUGGAGGAUAUGUACCUUGUGGAUUUCACGCAGAAGAUCAUAGACAGACACAAAGAAAUGGAGACAGUUGGUGCCAAUAGAGAUUCUAGAAGGACAGGAAAAAGAGAUGAUGAUGAAGAAAUCCUUUCUGAAAAAGAUAUCCCUCCUCCCCAGGACCCCAGUGAAGAGUGGGUGGAUUAUGUGGAUUCUUUAGGGCGAUCACGGCGCUGUAUGAAAAAGGAUUUGCCAGAUCUGUUGGAGAUGGAUAAAAACCUUCAGGGGAGGCUUUUUGUUAGUCCUGCAAAUGAAAAAACUUUACUAUCUGAAGAUAUGAGAAAAGAACUCCAGCGCCAGCAAUGGGAAGAAGAAGAGAGAGAGGCAUUGAGAAGGCCAAUGGGGCCCGUACAUUAUGAAGACAUUCGUGAAAAUGAGGCCCGGCAACUUGGUGUUGGAUACUUUGCAUUUGCCCGAGAUAAAGAGUUGAGAAACAAGCAGAUGAAAACUUUAGAAAUGCUGCGUGAACAGACAACAGAUCAGAGAACAAAACGAGAAAACAUAAAGGAAAAGCGAAAGGCUAUGUUAGAAGCGAGGCUUGCCAAACUCCGACAAAAAAAGAUGAAAAAAUCAAAAGAAGAUGGAGCAGAGGAAGAAAAUACAGAUGGAGGUGUCAUUGGGCCUUUGCCACCAGAAUCAGAGGUCAUGGCGACUCCUUGUACAGCUGAGAGUAGCAAAGUAGAAGUCAUCGUUCAAGAGAGGAAGGAUACCAGGCCUGGGGUGCCGCACAUCCGGGAGUGGGACAGGGGGAAAGAUUUUUCCUUUGGGUACUGGUCGAAGAGGCAGUCAGAUCUCCGGUCUGAGAGAGACCCUGAGUUUGCUCCCCCAUCGGAUUACUUUGUGGGUCAGAAGAGAACUGGUUCUCUGAGUAGCCAGACAUGGAACAGACCUGCACCUGCGCAGAGUGACCCAGUGCUGCACUCUGGCCAGAGCCAGGACCCCGCCUCUUCACACUCAUCAUCCACUCCUUCCCCCAGUGGCCCACCACAAGCCCCGAUGGUUACUUUUGAAACUCUGGAUGAUAUGAUAUCGUAUUAUAAACAAGUGACAUGAAUUUAAGAACA